AUGCCGCUCUAUGGAGCAGGCCGACCGAGGCCACACUGGGAGGCCGUAGAGCCCUACCCAGCUUUUGCGUUGGCGAGGCCUAGGCCGAGGCCGAACUUGGGCUUGGACAGGGAGAAAUACUUGCUUGAGGGCUGCGCGAAGCCGUUACCAGCUGGCAUCGAGCUUCCCUUGAAGCUACCAGCUCUUCGCCUGUGCAAGGGUGGUUUGCCAGGCCCUGUGAGAGGUUGCGAUGACUUUGCGGCCAAGCAAGCGGUGGCCAUUCUCGCUGAAGUGAGCGCUGAUGUUGUUAGGAGUGGUGCAGCCCGUAGUUUUUGGGUCAAGCCGGGCUGCCGCGCCAAAUCCUGGGAGGAAGAACAGUGGCAAGCGCUCGCAAGAACUUGGGUUGGCUACUUGCAGCCACUUUUGAACUCCUCGCCGUUCUUCCAAGACUUGGGCGAGUUGGCCGAGGGCAGCCGGUACCUUGCGGCGGAUCUGCCGGGUUUCAAAUUAUGGGUGGACUUCAUCCACGGCACUGACCUGGAGACGCCGUUCGCGCGUGCAGACUUGUUGGUCAAUUUCUUUGAUUGCGUACAGGCGAAGCACCGUAGCGCGAUCGCCCCCUGGCGUUCCCUGAAGUUCGUGGCGGGCUUGCUGGGCUGGGAUCGCUUGCUGGCUACCUUAGCAAAUCCUGUCGUGGUUGCUUGUUCGGGCGAUGCGGCAGAGAGUAAGGAACGCAAGGAAGCUGUACCUUUGCCUUUGUAUGCCGUGGCGCGAAUGGAGGCUGCAGUGCUCGCUGCCUUGGCUUCGGGUCCACAGCUGGAUCCACCUACACUGAUGUGUGUGGUGUUCUUGGUUAUGCUUUGGGGUGCGCUUCGUUUUUCUGAUGCCCAGCGCGUGGCAGUGCCUGAGAUGGACUUCGUGCAGGGUAUUGUGCGCUGCAGAUGUUGGAAGACAAAGUCCUCCAAGACUUCUAUGCCUUGGGGCUGCCUUACUGUGGGUAUCUAUGAUGAUUGGACGGCAGCUGUCAAAUUGCUGCGAGAAAAGCUUGGAGAGGUCGAUUUCCUGAUCCCUGGGCCCUUUGGGGGCCGGGCCUCGUUUACUUAUACACAAGCUCAGUUGAGGCGUUUGCUCGUGUGUGUGGCCAAAGUCCCAGAGCAUGCGGUUUCCAUUUAUACUUUGCACAGUCUAAAAGUGACUGGGCUUUGUUGGGGCUUGCAGUUAGACAUCGAUGGGCGCUGCCGCCGCUUGUGGGGGCAUCAUCGGGCGCGCGAAGCCGGUGAGGCUAUGGUUCAAAAGUAUGGGCGUGACGACGUGCUGCCUGCGCUGAGGGCGCAGCUGGUGGUGGCUCGGGCAAUACGUGGCGGUUGGUGCCCCUUGACCCCUCAAGCAAGAGGUGCACGCCAGCCUUGCCCUGAGGAACCUCUGGCGCCGGCGCCAUCGGCACUGCGGGGGGCUCCCUUGGGUCUGGACAUCUGUGCCUCGGGCACUUCGGACACAGAGUCUGAGUCGGAUGAGAAUGAGUCGGAGGCGGAGUCCUCGGUGAGCAGCGUGUGCGGCGAACUGUUGGAGGCGGACGACGAAGAGGACGCGGUGCCUGGCCCAGCGCAGCUUGUUGGCGGAAAGUUUCUGAUGAAUUGCCGCUCUCACAAGUUUCACGCUGUGAUUCUAGCCGGUGGUUCGCUUCGGCGGGCGUGUGCCCCAUCUCAGUCGGUGGAUGAGCCACAUUGGGAGGACUUGUUGCAAAAGGUGGGGCUGUGUAGCAAAGUUCAGGAGGAGUUGGCUGCGCGGGGCUUCGCGACUGCCGCGGAGUUGCACUGGACUCUGCAGAGCGGGGCUGAGGAGACGAUUGAUGCUGUGCUGCAGGCGGCUGGGGUAGAUAAGGGCUGUGCGCCUUCUUUGCUUCAGUGCUUGGAAGCGGGCCGCUUGCGGCGUCUCUUGGCUAUGUGCACAAAAGUAUGCAAUGACGCUGGUGAUCAGGCGCCAGUGGUUUCGGAUGCAGCAGGGACGAGCUUGUUGGGUCUCUCAGUGGGCCCGCAGCUGGAUGCGGCUCAGUUGGCAGAGUUGUGGAAGAAGUUUGCGGCGGACUACCCAUCAGAGUGCUUGGAAGCGGAUGGGCAGCCCUGCAAGCAAUUGCUGCAGCAGAUCGCGCUCCAAAAGCGGAAUGGGGAGUUGAAGUUUAUCCCUUGGAAGCAAAUCUUGAGCGUUGUGCAAUACGAUCGUUCCCGCCAGUCCUGCUCCCACUCUAAGGAGAAGUCUCUCCUGGGCCUUUUGGCGGAUGUGACAGGACAUGUUGACGCUUUGGAAGCUGACGUGUCUUCCUCCCCCUUCGCUGUGCAGAAGGUUUUGUCGCUGCGCAGUGUGGCGUGGGCGUUGCUGGAUUGGUGCCAUUUGUCGUCGGGCAAAAUGCUUGUCAACAAGUUCAUGCUGCUGUAUCAUCGCGUUGGGUUGGCUGAUGUGGGGAUGCGCCCCCCAAACCUUGCAGAGGCCGAGUUUGCCGAUGCGGAACUCUGCCGUCAACUGCAGGACUUGAUGAGCAAGGGCAAUGAUUUGGACAGGGCUAUUUAUGAGGCAGUUGUGGUGCGAGACAGUUUGCGAUUGUGGCUGCAGCCGCGCCUCAAAGCUCCAGCAGAGAAGGGAAGGGUCUUUGUUGGAGCUUCCAAGAAGGCAAAUGCACUAUGCGCGACGAAUGCAAGUUUAAGCAUCACUGUGAUCAUUGCGGCUCUGCUGAACAUGGGCGGCAUGCGUGUAGCAGCAGACCCUGCAGGCUGCCCCUCGCUGCCAGCUGGUAGCGCUCCACCCUGGCAGCCUGCGGCUUUCCAUCAAGAUGCGGGCCAGGCUGACGUGGCGGGGGUGGCUCAGCAGCCUGAGAGUGGUUCUCCUGCAGAUUAUCACCGCAUCUUUCUGAAAGACGGGGGUGGUCUGUCGAGCACUCUGGAUUGGCAAGUGCCUCCGCCUGGAGCUUUGCGGGACCCAUUGUCUGCGGUGCGCAAAGCAAUUUGGUCUUCCAUGCCGAAAGAUGCUUGCUGCCGGGCGGCCGCGCUGUGUGGCAAGACCUUGGAGAAUCCGUUCUUCACUGACUCAGAGGUGCAUUUGAUGCAAGUGGCCGUUUGUUCAGCCUUGGGUAUCGAUUCGGCUUGGGCAUUGGAGUCCUUUGAACUCACUCCGUACAAGUUCAAUCUGCUGGAAAGUUUGGCUCUGCGGAUGGAUGAUCCAGAUGUUGCUCUGUGCAAAGUGCUUCGGGGGAUGUCGGCAGUACAACAGCGAUUCCCGGAUGGUUCCUUGGCAAUUGGCAAGCUGGGGCUCGUGACGUGCGCUGGAAAAGAAGACCGGCUCAUUGGCGACUCCCGCGCCAGUGGGGCGAGCCCGGCGGCCAGAUUCCUUGAGCGGGCGGAGGUGCCUUCGCUUUUCUUGUUCACUGCUGCGCUGAACAGGUUCGCCGCUUGGCGAGGUGUGGCGGUGGACCCCAAAGAGUGGGUGUUGUUCAGCGUGGACAUCAAGGGGGCUCACAAAUCUAUUCGUACGGCUGCUGAAGAUGUGGGCUUUUCGGUUUUCUCACUUGAAGGAGAAUUCUACGCAUACGUGGUCAACCACUUCGGGGCCGCGUGGUCGGCGUAUUGGUGGUCGAGGCUUUCUGCUUUGCUGUUACGAACCAUACACUUCCUGGUGCGCCACCGCCACCUGGGGGCGGUUUAUGUGGAUGAUUUUCUAUUCCUCCUGCCGCGGGGGGCAUUCGCGAUGCUGGUGGUGCUGGUGCUGGCUAUUUUGCAAAUCUUGGCUGUGCCAUUGUCCUGGCGUAAACUGGCAUUGGGUUCCGAGUUGACCUAUUUGGGGUGGCAGUUGUCCUUGCAUUCUGGUUUCUGGGCGUCCUUGCCGGAAAGCAAGCAAGCGAAGGUGCUUAGGGAGCUGGCUUGGUGGAGGUUGCAUCCGCGACGGGUACCUCGGAAGAAGCUCUCUCAGCUCUUGGGGUUUCUGCUUUGGGCGACUCAAGUGCGACUCGCAUUGCGAGCUUUCCUUGCGCCUCUCUUUAUCAAGCUGAACAAGCCAGGGUCACGCUUGCAGUGUCUGAGUUUGGGGCAAUUAGAAGAGCUGGCCAUGAUCCUGGGGGAUGGGCUGGUAGUCCAGUCUGCUGCUGCAAGAAGCGAUAUUCAAAAGGGGUGGCGUUUGCACGCUGUGGGUGGCAAGACAGUUGAUUGUGUCAUCAAUGCGCGUCGUCUGCUGCAACAGCCCCGAACGAUCACGGGCAAGAUUUGGGUCCGGUUUUCGGCAUGGACUCCCUGUGUGGAUCUGGAUCCGGUUUCGUUGUCCUCGCUGCACACUUUACAGCGGGUGUUUUGCACCAACAGUUUCUCUUGGGCCGGUGAGAGGGUGGCUGAGGACGCUGCGGCGGAUGCCUGGGCCGGGUCUGCUCUCUCAGGCAUAGGAGGUUGGUUUCGGGCCUUGGAGUCAAACAAACUGUUUUGGUUCCACCUGGAAAUUGAGCAGGGCCAAUUACCCGAUCUUUGGCAGUGGCCGGAAAAGAUGCAAGCAGCUAUAUGUGCUCUGGAGCUUUUAGCGCAGCUGGCUCUGGUUCUGGCUCGCGCAAAGGUUGAUGGGACCGCUCAGUUGCAUUGUGUGCGCUUGCGACAAUAUGGCGACAACAUGCCAGUGGUCGCGGCUUGCAGUAAGGGCAUGUCCACUGCGCCGCCGCUGUGCUUUGCGCUGAUGGCCUUGGCUUUUGCGGCUUUGGAGCUACAAGUGGCCUUGGAGCUGUCCCAUGUGGCAGGCGAGCGGAAUGAAGAGGCUGACUUGCUAAGUCGUUUGAACCACCCAGAAGCGAAGCCAUUGCCCUUGGUCAUGAGGGCCAAGUUCCCUGAAGCAAAUCGGGUGCGUAUAACCUUGGCGGACGUGCUGGAGAAUGGGAAAGCUUGCGAAGAGAAGUCCGAGAAUGAGGUUGCCGACCUCACAGGCGAGUAUCUCAACAUUUGCUUGCUAUUGGCGCUCUACACCCUUCAGGGCAUUCCCAUGGGGAUCUCUGGUGUGCUGCCGUUGAUCCUUAAGGAAAAGAAGGUGUCCUACAACGACUUGGGCACUUUCUCUUUGAACUCCUAUCCCUUUAGCUUGAAAAUCCUUUGGGCGCCUGUGGUGGAUGCCGCUUACUUCAACCGCAUUGGCCGCAGGAAGACUUGGCUCAUCCCCACUCAGUUUGCCAUUGGAGUGGUGAUGAUGGUGCUGUCGCAACGGUUGGAUUCCUUGCUUUAUGUGGAAGAGCCUCACAUCACAACCCUUACUUGCCUAUUCUUCUUGCUCUAUCUUCUGUGUGCCACACAGGACAUUGCGGUAGACGGAUGGGCCAUAGCUAUUCUCCGGAAGGAGAAUGUGGGCUAUGCUGCCACGAGCAACGCCAUCGGUCAAACCUUGGGCUAUGCCAUUGGUUUUACCGGAUUUAUGGCUCUGGAGCACUUCCAGCUCAUGACACUUUCGGAGUUUUUGUUGAUCUGGGGGAUGAUCUUCAUUGUUGCGACCCUGCUCGUCGGACUGCUCAAAUCUGAAGGUGCGAUUCCUCCAGAAGAUGAACCGGAAAGCAUCAGCACAGCUUACAGGAAUAUGUUCAAGAUUCUGCGUCUUCAUCCUGUUCGGCUUCUCAUGCUAUUGCUGGCAACCUGGAAGUUCCCCUUUGCAGUCUCAGAUGGUGUUGCUCCAUUGAAACUCCAAGAGCUCGGUGUCAAGAAGGAGCAUAUGGCUUACAUCGCUUCUGGAAUGAUGCCUGUAUAUAUUCUGCUCCCAGCGGUGAUCUCGCGUUGGACAUCAAACUCAACUCCCUGGGCUUUGGCAAUGCGGUUCUAUCCUUGGAGAGUUUUGCUGGUACUCAUUGCUGCAGUGCUCGUAAGUUGCACACCCUCUGGUGACAUCCACUGGACGUUCUACUUGGCGGUGGUUGUGGUGUACCUCCUGGGCGCCGUGGUGAGUCAGUGCAUGUUCGUAUCCAACAUGGCCUUCUUCGCUCGGAUCAGUGAUCCUGCCAUGGGAGGGACAUACAUGACUCUGCUGAACACAUUGGCCAAUCUUGGAGGCAUGUGGCCAAGUACCGUGACACUGAAGCUCAUUGAUGCCACCAGCUGCAGCAGUCCGAGCUGCGCGGUGAAAGUCGAUGGCUUCUACAUCAUGUCAGGCCUCAGCUUUUUCUACGGGCUCCUUUGGUACAUUGCAGCUGCGGGUCCCGCACACCGAGUCCAGAUGAUCAAACUGAGCGAUUGGAGCGUCAAUGCUCUAUAA